AUGGAUGGUUAUGGUUACCCCUAUCCACCACCGUUUCUCCCAAUGCGACCCCCUGAAGAAUAUCCUGACCAUGGCGAUGGUUUCGGUGAAUAUUAUGGCCUGGCUACCUUGAACGAUGGUCGGGAUAGAGGAAGACGUAGUCGAUCAAAAGAACGAAGACGCAAAACAAGAGACAACAAACAUUCGAGAUCUCGAAGUGGCAGUGCAAGAAGAUCUCGGUCGAGAUCGAGAUCUCAUUCUAGAGCACGGACAAAGUCGAGAUCUCGGUCCAGAUCGCGAUCCCGUUCCCGCUCCCGGUCUCGAUCACGCACACGAUCACGGACUCACAGCCACUCACAAUCUGGCACACGUAACCGUGAGCUGAACUAUAAGGAGCCAGGGUUUCUAGAUGCCUUUAGAGUUUUAUAUUUGACCCCAAGCAAAACCAGAAAGAACCCAUCAAAAUUUCUGGCGACGAGGAAGCGUCAUGACCGUAUCGAGGAGAUCCUGAAGAGUGAUGGCCUGGGGUCCAAACGGUGGCUGUUCUAUCCGAGGUCGAAAAACAAGAGCGAACCAGCCAUCGGUACUACGAAAGGGACCAGCGAUAAUGUCGAUCAAAGAGUCAAGGUUGAUGCAGACUUCUUCAGGAAAUACAAGAAGAGUAAGAAGGUCGACAAUGACGCCCCCAUAGCGAAGCUGAAGCGAUGGGAACUGCUAUUAUAUAAGAAGCUAGGAUUUUUACAAGCCGUCUAA